ACGUGGUUUCGUAAUUUGAUACAAGCUCCAAAACACUUUUUCGAAACUGUGCGUAUUGGUUUUGCGACACAAGCAUCGAUGCGUCAGUGCCAUACGUCCCAUCCCUAGAUAUUGAUGUCCUACUGUUGCUGCGUCUGUCAUUUCAGUAAAAAUGCCCCUGGCCACUCAAUCUCAAACUGGAGAUGACCAAGAUAUCCUGGUAGCCAGUUUGGAUAAUGCAAGGAAUCUAUCCAACAUUUUGAAAGCCAUCACCUUCAAAGACUAUGCUAUCUUCAGUGCCACACCAAAUGGACUCAAAGUAACUGUGGAGGACUCCAAAUGUCUUCAAGCCAAUGCCUUCAUUCAGGCUGAAAUAUUCCAGGAAUUCACUAUAAAAGAAGAUGCAGUGGGCUUUCAGGUGAAUCUGACUGUACUUCUGGAAUGCCUUACUAUCUUUGGAGGAAGCACGGUUCCAGGAGUAACUACUGCUUUGCGGAUGUGCUACAAGGGUUAUGGCUUUCCUCUGACCCUGUUUCUUGAAGAGGCAGGUGUGGUCACUGUGUGUAAAAUCAACACCCAGGAACAAGAGGAUCCCAUAGACUUUGAGUUCAGCAGCACCAAUGUGACCAACAAAGUGAUUCUGCAGUCCGACAGCUUGAAAGAGGCUUUUUCUGAACUGGACAUGAGCAGUGAGGUCCUGCAGAUCACCAUGUCCCCCAUUCAACCAUACUUCAGGUUGUCUACAUUUGGAAAUUCUGGGAAUGCCCACUAUGAUUACCCUAAAGACUCUGACAUGAUGGAGCUAUUCCAGUGCACAAAGACUCAAACAAACAGGUACAAGAUGUCUCUGCUAAAGCCUUCCACCAAAGCAUUGGCUCUGUCCUGUAAGGUGUCAGUGAGGACUGACAGCCGAGGUUUCCUGUCUCUACAGUACCUGAUCAGGAACGAUGAUGGACAGAUCUGCUUUGUGGAAUACUACUGUUGUCCAGAUGAAGAGGUGGAGGAAGAGUAGAUCUAUAUAAACACAUAUGAAUAGACCAGAGACACACACUUGCUGUUUGAUGUGUCUUAGGAAUAAUUUUUUUCUAUCAAUGUUAUUGUAAAGAGUUUGUGGUGUUGCUUUAUUUGCUUUUAUUUAAAGCAUAAAAUGCUUAGUUCUUGCUGACCUAUCUCAAAUCUAUUGGUUGCUAUAAGUAUGAUACUGUAUGGUGUUGAUGCAGAACGUUGUUUAAGGCUAUCAAACAUUUGAUUAAAUAUGUUGGGCUAAA